AUACAAAGCCAGCUAGCUAACAAGUAGUUUCAAAAAUGUCUGAAAUUGGGCCAAACUGUGCUAGGAUUUAUGUUAUGCAAGAGGAAUUGAGAAAGAAGAUGAAGAAGAGGAAAGAAUGAAGAGAGGAGAAAUUGUUGGCGUUGAGGAGAACAAAGUUGGUGGACGGGAAAACAAGUUCCAUCUGGGUUACUCUGCUUCUCCGGUAUGUCAUGAUGCUGGAAAGGAGAAAGAGGGAUCCAAGGACAAUGUGGCUUAAGUUUGUGCUACCUUGUAAUGUAUUUAGCUUAUGCACUUGAUGUUGCUUUGGGUUCCUUUGUCUGUCCAAUGUUGUGCACAACAUUGGAGAUGUUCGCACAAAAAAUGUUUCCAAGUUUGGUUGUGUUUUCAUCACCUAUUUUCAAAAAAAAAAAAAAAAGUUUGGUUGUGUGUUAGUUAUUGUAAUUUUCCCUAUCCCCAAAUAAGUUGACAACUAAGUU